AUGCCCCCCGAGGCUUCAGUGACUGACCCUCUGCUGGCCUUCACGCAGGGAGCGAGCCCUUAUCAACUCGCCUCCGAGGAUGUCUCGCCCCAUAUUUACGUCGAUGCCGAUGAUUUCAAGGGUGUGCAGCGCACCGCACAAGAUCUCGCAAACGACUUUGGACGUGUGGUUGGCAACAAUGGCACACUGAGCUUGAUUGGGUCCCCAGACACCGUCCAGUGGUCCGACGGGCCUGUCAUCAUUGCAGGCUCCAUUGGUCACUCCUCUCUCAUCGACAGCCUUGUCUCCAAGAACAAGAUCGACGUUGACAAGGUGGAGGGGUUGUGGGAAGCGUAUACCUCUGUUGUCGUUGAAGCGCCUUUCAGUGGCGUGCCUUGGGCCUUGGUCAUUGCUGGAAGCGACCAGCGUGGUGUUUCUUAUGGUCUCUACGACAUAUCCGAGCAGAUGGGUGUAUCCCCCUGGUACUGGUGGGCAGAUGUGCCGGUGAAAACGAAGAGCGAGAUCUGGGUACGCAAAGGGCCCAAGGUGCAGGGCUCUCCGUCUGUGAAAUACCGCGGCUUCUUCAUCAACGACGAAGCUCCGUCUCUGACCGGCUGGGCCGAUGGGAAGUUCACCAAAAGCGAGUACGGGAGCUCCUUCACUGGGGAGUUCUACAAACUUGUGUUUGAGCUCUGUCUUCGCCUCAAGGGGAACUAUAUCUGGCCCGCUAUGUGGUCCAGUAUGUUCUACGUCGACGAUGCCAACAACGGGGACAUUGCCGAUGAUUUUGGUGUUUUCAUGGGUACGAGCCAUCACGAACCUAUGGCGCGAGCUGGCAACGAACAAGGCGAGUUCAUGGCCGGUCCCUGGGACUGGUCUCGAAAUCGAGACAACAUUACACAAUUCUUCGAAGAAGGAGUUGAGCGCUCAAAGAACUGGGAUACGAUCUACACAUUAGGGAUGCGAGGUGACGGAGACGCCGAGUCACCAACGUUGACUGCGGAUGCUCUCGAAGACAUAAUUCAAGUACAGCAAUCGAUAUUGAAAGAGGAACUGGGACUUGACAACGCGGGAGACGUUCCUCAGACUUGGGUCUUAUACAAGGAAGUCGGAAAAUAUUACCAAGCCGGUAUGAAGACCCCCGACGACGUUAUUCUCCUCUGGACAGAUGACAACUCGGGCAAUAUCCAGAGACUUCCUCUAGCCAAUGAAACAGACCGCUCCGGCGGAGCAGGCAUCUACUAUCACUUCGACUACGUCGGCGCGCCAAGGAACUACAAGUGGAUUAACACCAUUCAGCUGGUCAAGACGUGGGAGCAGAUGCAUCUCGCCUACGAAAAGCAGGCCAGAGAACUCUGGAUUGCCAAUGUGGGAGACAUAAAACCCCUGGAGAUCCCGUUAACCCACUUUAUGGACAUGGCCUACGACAUGUCAAAGUAUACAUCGCCCAAGGGUACCUCGGAGUGGCUGCACCGAUGGGCGACUCGAGAGUUCGGGGCGGAUGUGGCGAGUCAGACAGCAGAGAUCCUGACGACGUACGGCACUAUGCUCAUCCGCCGCAAGUAUGAGCUUCUCAGUGACCAGCCGUAUGCCUUCAGCACGGCGAACUACGAUGAGGUCGAGAAGAUCAUGUCGGACUGGGAGGACCUCCUCGAGUUAACAGAGAGCACGUACGACUCGCUUGAUGAGGCGACCAAGGUUGCUUACUAUCAGUUGAUCAUGCAUCCAGUCGAAGCCGGCAAGACGGUGGUCGAUCUCUACAACAAGAAUGCACUCAACGCAUGGUACGCUCAACAAGGACGGACCAGCACGAAUGCAAUGGCAAACGAUGUACAGGCCCUCUUUGCCCAAGAUCAAGUCAUCACGGAAAAAUACCACACAUUGAACGGCGGCAAGUGGAAUCACUUUGUCGAUCAGGUUCACAUUGGCUACACCUACUGGCAGGAUCCGUCGGUUAACGCCAUGCCAAAUAUGACCUAUCUGGGCGAAAGCAAUGCCACAGAUGAUUGGAUCAUGGGAGUGAGCAUCCAAGGGAGCUCCGCCUCGGCCCCUGGCGACUCCUUGCCCUCACUCUUGCCUGUCGAUCCGUACAUGCCGUCUACUGAGAAGCGGUACCUGGACAUCUUCACCCGCAACAACGGCACUUUUUCCUACCAUAUCUCUUCCAAUGUGUCCUACGUCUCCGUCACCAACGAUGAAGGUACACUAGAAGCUCCCGGGUCUAAAUCGGAUAUCCGCAGUGUGAUAUCGGUUGACUGGGAAGAGGCGCCGCCUGGACUCAGCUGGGUCGCCCUCCGCGUCAAGAGAACCGAUAUCUGCAAAGGCCCUGCUGUGGUAGCAUUAUUACCAGUCAACAAGACCUCCGUCCCAGAUGAGUUUGAGGGCUACGUGGAAUCCGGCGGCGUGGUGUCCUGGGAGGCGGAACAUUACAGCAGCGCCGAGGAGAAGAACGGACUCUCGUACGUCACGAUCCCGGACUAUGGCCGCACCUUGUCUGGGCUGAAGCUAUGGCCUGUAACGCACCCAGGGCGCACGCCAGAGGACGCCCCAAAGCUGACGUACUCCUUCUACUCUUUCACGGACCGGCCAGAGGCUCAGUUGGUCGUCUACCUUGGCGGGUCGCUGAACCACGACCCCAGUCUCCCCUUGAAGUACGCGUACGCGCUCGAUGGGGGCAGCCCAGUCGAGGUCCAACCCAUCCCCGACGAGGCCAUGGGUAGCCUCCCACCUGGAUGGAACGACGCGACAGUGGCUGGUGGGUGGACGUCGUACUCGACGCUGAAAGUGCCAGCGGGGGCCCACGAACUCUCCCUGUGGCUUCUUGAGCCGGGCGUUGUGGUGCAAAAGGUGGUCAUGGAUUUGGGAGGUCUGAAGAGCAGUGCGCUUGGACCACCCGAGAGUCAGAAGGUUUAA